UACCGAUUGCUGCCCCGAGAGUAAACACAAAAAAAUGUACAAAUUUUGAGAAAAGCCAGGCACCGAUUUGGAUGUGUUUGUGCGAAUUGAUUACACACAAUUGAUUGAAAACAUACACAAAAAGUGGGCCCGAAGCGCGUAGCACCAGCCAGUGCGGCCGAUCGAAGAUAAUACGGAAGUACACGGCCCCCGGGUCAAAAAAAAAAAAAGUUUUUCAAGAGCCGUUUUCGGAGUCAGGCCAACCAGGCGCUACCUACUAAGUGCUCCUCCGCUCCUUGCCGUCAAAAUACCCGACCUCUGAUCAUAUCGGUGAGCAGUGCAGCGCCCUACUCAUCUAGCUCGCCUCUUGAAACGAUUCACACAAUAUGUGAGCGGUGGGCUGUGGGCAGUUCGGAAGUUUAUGCAAUGUUCUAGUUCUAGCCCACGAGACGGCGGGCGGUUACGGGGAUACGGAGACGGAAACAGAGAAGGGAGCAAGGAGAGAGAGAGGGCAGAGUCGGCAGAAGAGCGUCGUUUUCCGUUGAUACAAACAUAUACAUAUAAUACAUAGGCGUGUGUACAAAUAGCGUGUGUGGAAGGGAGCAGAGAGUAUCCAAAUGACUGUGACCAGCACACACACAAUGGAGGCACCAGUCAAAGCAGGACAUCAUCAUCAUCAUAAGGGUGGAGGCGGUGGCGGCGGCGGCCAGCAGCUCGGCUCCAACAAGUCUGUCGAUGUGGCCGGCAAGGAGCCGCUGGAAGAGGACGAUGUGGACGACGAGAUGACAGUACUGCUAGCCAAUACAAACUUUCACUAUGACGCGGCAUCCGAUAUGGACGAGGCCUUUGUGGAGCACAAGGAUAGUAAUGAGACGGCAGACGGCGUUGCCGGGGCGGGAAGCUUUUAUAACGAGCCCGAGCUGAUCGAGGAGCAGCCACAUCCGCAGGUCACUUGGCUGGAUGACGACGAGAUCGAGACACUGGAUCGCGUCACCCUGGACAUGGGCAACGUGUUCUUCAACCGCGUCGACAGCCAGGACAUUAUCUAUCAGCAGAAGAAGAAGAACAUCAAAAUGGUCGGCAAGUACAUAAUGGGCGAUGUUCUGGGCGAGGGCUCGUACGGGAAAGUGAAGGAGGCCAUGAACUCGGAGGACCUGUGCCGCCUCGCCGUCAAGAUACUCACGAAGCGCAAGCUGCGACGCAUCCCCAAUGGCGAGCAGAACGUAACGAGGGAGAUCCACCUGCUGAAGCAGCUGAAGCACCCGAAUAUUGUCGAGCUCAUGGAUGUCCUCUACAACGAGGAGAAGCAGAAGAUGUAUUUGGUGAUGGAGUACUGCGUGGGAGGCCUGCAGGAAAUGGUCGACUAUCAGACCGACAAGAAGAUGCCGUUGUUCCAGGCGCACGGCUACUUCCACCAGCUGGUCGAUGGCCUAGAGUACCUACACAGCUGCCGCGUCAUCCACAAGGACAUCAAGCCGGGCAACUUGCUGCUGUCCCUGGAUCAAACACUGAAGAUAUCCGACUUUGGCGUGGCGGAGCAAUUGGAUCUCUUUUCGCCGGACGACACAUGCACGACGGGCCAGGGCUCGCCAGCAUUUCAGCCGCCAGAGAUUGCCAAUGGCCACGAAACUUUCGCUGGCUUCAAAGUGGACAUCUGGAGCAGCGGGGUCACACUCUUCAACUUGGCCACCGGCCAGUAUCCGUUCGAGGGCGAUAACAUUUACCGCCUGCUAGAGAACAUUGGGCGCGGGCAGUGGGUUGCGCCCGACUGGCUCUACGAGCUGGACCCAGACUUUGCCAAACUAAUUUUAGGCAUGCUGCAAGCGGAUCCCAGUGCCCGCCUUUCGCUGCAGCAGAUACGCAAGGACACUUGGUUCAUAUCCGCACCGCCGGUCACCGGCCCACCGAUACCCAUUCCUCCACUGAAAGGCGACAAAUACCGAUGUUCCACAGUACUGCCUUACCUGGAAGCCUAUCACUACGGCAGCGAGCACGACCAGGAAGAUGUCUAUUUCACUGAGCACGAUGUCAAUCAGGAGCUGGCGCGACAGGCCGCAGCGGCCGCGUCCGAGAUACGAGCAAAACAGUCAGCGGCAGCCCAUGCUGCCUGCCACACGUACGAGCAUCCCUCCACAAGUGCCGCUGCAGCAGCUGCGGCCGCAGCUGGACAGUCACUAGGCAAUGGCAACAGAGACGAGAUGCCGGCUAAGAAGAAAGGAUCGGCGCUAAAGCGUCGCGCAAAGAAGCUAACCUCCUGCAUCUCGGUGCGCAAGCUGAGCCACUGCCGCACCUCGUAAGCAGGCGAAGAACCUUAACCUAGCUGCUAAGUUAUUUGUAGCUAUAGAAGAAAGUAGGUACGGCAGAGGACCCCAGCAGCAGCAGCAACAGCAGCAGCGGCAGAACCAGCAGAGACUCAAAGUCAUCUGAGGGGGCAGUCGAGCUAUACAUAUAUCCAUGUGACAAUACUGUGUAUUAUAUGAAUCAAAUGAAUGAGUAAAUUAGUCGUUACUAUGAUUGUACUGAAGAAGAUAGAAGGAUUGUGCCGUGCCCGAGCGCCGAUCGAUGAAGUGAGGGGAAUGCUUUUGGGGCACACAUAAAAGAAGAAAAAUCUGUUUAAAUGAAAUGAAAAUUCGUUGUUGGCUUCGUUAUAUUCAAUACUCAAAAUAAUUAGACCCAUUUUCAGUCGCCGAGGAAUCAAUAACUGCUGGACAGUACACACUCGCAUGGCCCAGGCUGAGAUUUUAAUUUACAAAUCUAUGAAUGAAACAAAAAUCAAAUAAAACGAACCCAUUGA